AUGAGGAAUGUGUCGGUGGUGACAGAGUUCGUCCUGCUGGGCAUCCCGCACACGCAGGGCCUGGAAACCACGCUCUUCCUCCUGUUCCUGGCCUUCUACCUCUUCACCCUGCUGGGAAACCUGCUCAUCUUCCUGGCCAUUGUCUCCUCCCCCCGGCUGCACACACCCAUGUACUUCUUCCUGUGCAAGCUGUCUGUGUGUGAUAUAUUCUUCCCCUCGGUGAGCUCCCCCAAGAUGCUCUUCUACCUGGUGGGGAACAGCCGAGUGAUUUCCUACUCGGGGUGCGUGUCCCAGCUCUUCUUCUACCACUUCCUGGGCUGCACCGAGUGCUUCCUGUACACGGUGAUGGCCUACGACCGCUUCGUGGCCAUCUGCUUUCCUCUGCGCUACUCCACCACCAUGAGCCACAGAGUGUGUGCCAUCCUGGCGCGGGGCACCUCCUUCGGUGGCUGCAUCCAGGCCAUCUUUCUAACUGUGCUGACCUUCCAGCUGCCCUACUGUGGCCCCAACGAGGUGGACUAUUACUUCUGCGACAUCCCGGUGAUGCUGAAGCUGGCCUGCGCGGACACCUCGUCCCUGGAGCUGGUGGGGUUGGUCAGCGUGGGCCUCAUGCCCCUCAGCUGCUUCCUCCUCAUCCUGGCCUCCUACAGCUGCAUCGUGGGCUCCAUCCUGCGGAUCCGCUCUGCAGAGGGCCGGCGCCGGGCCUUCUCCACCUGCAGCGCCCACCUCACGGCCAUCCUAAUUUUCUAUAUGCCGGUGGUCCUCAUCUACCUGCAGCCCACCCCCAAUCCCUGGCUGAAUGCAACCAUUCAGGUCCUGAAUAACCUGGCCACCCCCAUGCUGAAUCCUUUGAUUUACAGCCUCAGGAAUAAAGAGGUGAAGUCCUCGCUGAGAAGGGUCCUGCAUCGAUUGGGCUUCCUUCCUGAGGAGUCAUGA